AUGGUUAAGUUACAUAUAACAAAGAAAGGUUCGUGCGAGAAUACUAAUAGCGUAAAAGACAUUAAUGAAAUUGAUAAGCUAGAUAAAAGCGAUAACGUUAGAAGUGUCGUAAGCGAAAUUAUGGCAAUAGAUAUGGGCGAGGAAACAGACAUAGAUCUCAAACUGGGUGAAGAGAUUAAAUUCAAUGAUAAAAAACUGUUUAACGAAAUCUUUACAAGAGUUUACCUAAAUUCAAAGAGGCAUGACAAACCUUUAGUUAGAAAAGAAAUGAAACUGACGCUAGUUGAUGAAAAGCCAUUUGCGUGCGCACCGAGAAGACUGGCAUAUAAGGGGAAGUUGGAGUUACAGAAUAUAAUAGAUGAAUAUCUACGACCUAGUGAAUCGGAAUUCGUGUCACCUAUAGUGUUAGUCAAAAAGAAAACAGGUGAACUUCGGUUAUGUGUUGAUUAUAGGAAACUAAACAAGGUUACAGCAAAGGACAUUUACCCCAUGCCCCUCAUAGACGAUUUGUUAGAUAGAUUAGCGAACAAGAAAAUAUUCACGAAGCUGGACCUCAAGAACGGAUUUUUUCAUGUGUUUAUGGGCGAAGACUCAAUAAAAUACACAUCCUUUCCUACACCGUUAGGGCAGUACGAGUUCAUAAGUCUGCCAUUCGGACUCAAAAAUGCACCUGCAACGUUCCAAAAGUUCAUCAACAAAAUUUUUGCGGACAUGAUUCGAAGUGGAGAGGUUAUAGUUUAUCUGGACGGCAUUAUGAUAGCGACGCAGAGUUUAAAGGAGCAUUUUGAAAUAUUACAAAAAGUGUUUUUAAAGAUCGUUCAGAAUAACUUAGAAUUAAGAGAGCAGAUUCUAGAAUGGUUGCAUUCGCUGAGGAAAAAGCAUGGGCCAGUUUUCCGGAUAUGGCUUGGUAGAGAUCUAAUGGUAUUCUUCAGCGAUCCUGAAGACGUUAAGCAAUUAUUAAGCAAUAAUACACUACUUAAAAAAUCAAGAAGUUAUGAAUUAGCCGAGGCAUGGUUGGGCAAAGGACUUCUCACCAGUAGCGACGACGCAUGGCACCGUCGCCGAAAAUUACUCACACCCGCUUUCCAUUUUCGCAUUCUAAGUGAAUUUAAGGAACCCAUAGAAGAAAAUUGCAAAAUAUUCAUCAGAAAAUUACGGGAAAAGGCUAAUGGCGAACAGUUCGAUAUCUACCCAUACAUAACAUUGUUUGCCUUGGAUGCUAUCUUGGAGACAGCGAUGGGCAUAAAAAAGAAUGCCCAAAUGCAGAGCGAAUCUGAAUAUGUGAAGGCAGUGCAAACGAUAUGUCGCGUUAUGCAUAAACAGUCCUUUUCAUUUUGGCAACGUUUCGAGAUCAUUUUUCGUUUCACCAAUUCGUAUAAAGAACGUACUGAGGCUUUAAAGAUUCUACACGGCGAGACGAAACGUGUCAUUAAGUUGCGUCGCCAAAUGUUGCAGGACACCAAUAUACAAACCAUGGCGGAUGCAGAAAAAUCCGAUGACGUUGGUGGCAAAAGGCGUCUUGCCUUCCUUGACAUGCUGCUCAUCUCCCAACAAGAAGGUGGCGGUCUGACUGAUCAGGAAAUUAGAGAGGAGGUUGACACAUUCCUGUUCGAAGGUCACGACACCACGAGCUCAGCAAUUGCGUUCUGCAUAUAUUUGCUCUCUCAGCAUCGAGAGAUACAGCAGCGAGCCUAUGAGGAGGCGUCAGCGUUGCGGGGUCACGAAAAGGAGUCCAUGCGUUACAUGGAAGCAGUCAUCAAAGAAACGCUACGCCUUUAUCCCUCUGUGCCAUUUUAUUCGCGAAAGGUGCAAGAGGACUUACAAUUAGGCAAUAUUACGGUGCCAAAGGGUGCUUCAGUCAGCACACUCGCCUAUAUGGUGCAUCGUGAUGAGAAGUAUUACCCCGAGCCGGAAAAGUUCGACCCGGAGCGGUUCUUGGCAGCUGAGAAGGAUCUACAUCCAUUUGCAUUCGUUGCAUUCAGCGCUGGUCCACGCAACUGCAUUGGACAAAAAUAUGCAAUGUUGGAAUUGAAGCUUUCUCUGUCGUCACUUCUGCGAAGCUACGAGUUUUUGCCAGCAGAAGGUUUCAAGCCCAAAGCUCUGGCUGAAUUGGUGAUGAAGAGUGGAAAUGGUGUUCAGAUACGGUUGCGUCCGCGUAUUUGAAACGCCUUUGUCACUAUAAAAUAAAUUUUAUACAUUUUUGCAAUUUACAAUUACAAUUUACAAUUACAAUUACAUGCAUUAAUUUAAAUGGAAUAAAUGACGAAUUGUAGUUUUUAUAACUACUCGCUUUUAUUUGCUUUAGCCUAAAGUCAAAUUACAAGUAUAUUAAAAAUUUGAAUCAAAUAAUAAUGCCAAAAGUAAAAUACGAAAUG